CAUCCACCUUAUCCUCUAUAUAUAAGAAACACCGAUUGCAAUAAUAUUCAACUUAGUCUACUCUCUUGACUAGAAGUAACUCCUUUUCAAGUUUUCAACUACUCUGUCCCUUUUCCUCUUUUCUUCUCAGGCUGGCCUUUUCUAGUUGUGAAUAGAAUCUCGAUCUCCUCUCUCUUAUUUUCUUCAGUCUGUGUUUUUUUUAUCUUCUCUAAAUUGGCUUAUGGCAUCAGGGUCUCGCAUGGGCUCUGGCUUAUGGACUUCAAAGCAAAACAAACUGUUUGAAAAGGCUCUAGCCUUGUAUGACAAGGACACCCCAGACCGUUGGCAGAAUGUAGCCAAGGCUGUGGGUGGGAAGUCUGCUGAGGAAGUGAAGAGACACUAUGAGAUCCUCAUUGAGGAUCUCAAACAUAUCGAAUCGGGCCAUGUUCCGAUUCCUAAUUACAAGUCCACUGGAAGCAACAGCAUUGGUGAUCAAGAACAGAGGCUGCUGAAGUGUAUAAAGCUGCAAUAAAGGUCCAAGACUAAGCAUGACCAACUUAUAUAGUUAUAUCUUUGAGAAAAGCAGAUGCAGACUUAUCCAGAAGAAAUUUUCUCUUUCUCUCUCUCUCUCUCUCUUUGCCUUGUAUCCCCUCUAAUGCCUGUAAUUUAAUUCAUCCAGCACGCUUGCUUUAAUGGAGAAUCUAUCAUCAUUAGCAUAUUUCUACUA